GCUCCGCUCCUGAAAAUCAUAGAGCGCGAAACGUGGUGGCAGAGACGGCUUGAGCUACUACGUGCGGUCCAUGAUGAGGGUGUUUUGGUGCGUUUCCCUGGUGCUGUCACUUGGGAUUGCUUACUACAUCUACAUCCCACUGCCUGAGACUGUCGGGGAACCAUGGAAACUCAUGCUCCUGGAUGCCACCAUUCGCUCCAUGUUCUCUGUUGGCAGCGUUGUGCACGCUCUAGGCCUCUGCCAUCCUAUUAAAUUCAUACGGGGCUCAGUGAAGACCCUGCAGAACCUGAGCCCUGUGCCCAGUGGGGGGCCUAAGGUCCACGACACCACCUUCGCCGGGGUGGACGUCAGGGUGUAUGAGAGCAGCGGUGUGGAGCAGGGGAAGCUGAAGAGGGGCUUGAUCUUCCUCCAUGGAGGAGGUUGGGCUUUGGGAAGCAACAAGGAGCGAUCCUAUGACCUGCUGUGCCGGAAAAUGUCAGAGGAGCUGAAAGCUGUCGUUGUAUCAGUGGAGUACCGCCUGGUCCCUGAUGUUUACUUCCCAGUGCAGUAUGAAGACUGCCUAGUGGCCACCACACAUUUCCUGAGACCUGAAGUGCUGGCCCUGUACUCGGUGGACCCAGCACACGUGGGGAUAUCAGGAGACAGCGCUGGGGGAAACUUGGCAGCAGCUGUGGCGCAACAGGUUGCUGUGGAUGAGAGUAUUUCAGUCAAGUUAAGCGCGCAGGCCUUGAUAUAUCCUGUGCUUCAAGGCGUGGACUUCAACACCCCGUCAUACAUGCAGAACGAAAAGGUACCCAUUCUUUAUCGACGCGGCAUGAUCCAGUUCUGGCUGCAAUAUCUAAAAGCAGAUCAGUCCUUAGUCCACCAACUGCUGGUCAACAACCACACUGCUAAGGACCAAGAGGCAGUCUCCAAGCACCGGGCCAAGUUUGACUGGACCACCCUCCUCAGCCUGGAGUUCCAUAAAAAGUACAAGCCUGUCAUUCCAGCCAAGGGGACUCCUAAUAUUCUAGAGAAGCUUCCGGCGCUGCUAGAUGUGCGUGCAUCUCCUCUGCUGGCGGAGGAUGAGGUGUUGCGGAGGACGCCGCGGGCCUUCAUCCUCACCUGUGAGCAUGACGUGUUGCGGGACGACGGACUCAUGUACGCCCGCCGCCUUCAGAAGGUCGGGGUGGCCGUCACCAGCGAUCUCCAUGCCGAUGGUUUCCAUGGCAUUCUCUCUUUUUUCCAACCACCUACUAGUUUUGAGUCAGGACAGAGGGCUGUGAAGAACCUCAUCUCAUGGCUCAAUGAUAAUUUGUAGCCUUCAUGACAUUCAUAUACAAUUACAAUGUAUCUACUGUGGAAUGAGAGUUUUCUUACAGUAUUGCUACAUAAUGAUAUACAAACUCACAAGGCCGUGUCUCAUAUUAUCAGUUUUCACUUUUGUCAGGGUUUUGAGAAACUAUGUUUGGGAAGGAUGUACAUAAUGACUGUAAACAAAAAAUGGAAAGUAAUGUAACUGUGUUUGUCAAUUUGGUAUUAUAAAAGAUGUAAAUGGUCUAAAAAUGUUAUUUUUAGAAUUAUCCAACUAUUACAACAUGUUUUGGCCCUGUCCCAACUUUUUAUAAUUUUGUUGCAUGGGUCAAAUUUUAAAUGAUCACAUAAUUACCUCAAAACAAUAACUCUGCUUGACAUUAACAACUGAUACCUUGUCUGUACAUAAUGCUCUACCUUAUUAACAUAUUGGAUGUUUUGAAAAAGCCAGCAUUUUGAUUUUAUUCACAAAAUACAAAUUGUCCCAACUUUUUUGGAAUCCGCUUUGUAGCCUACAUGUGAGGGUAUGGCCCAGUCAAUGAAGAGUCCAUCUUAGUUUCAUUAUGUUUAAAAGUGAAAAUAGUUUGCAAUGUCUUAAAUUUUAGCCUACUUAUCUUGUUUAAAAUGUUGAAAUUGCUUGAAUUCAAUCACUUACUAAGUUUCAAGUUAAAACCCACUGACACUAAUACACUACUGCCCUUAUGGGACAUGAUAAUGAUUCGGUUAUACAAACUUGUAAUACAUUUUUGUUAAGUUGCUAAACCUUUAUAUUUCACCAUCACACAGUAAGCCUACGUACCACUUUAUCAGGACCACUUCUCUUUUUUACACAGAUGAAAUGACGUCAAACGUACAUUUGUUAUAACAUAAGCAUCAAGGGUAGAAUGCCCUAAUGUGGGAUAAUUUUUGUCACUUCAACUUUGGUGGUUUAUUAAAAUGUAAUGACAACAUUUCAAUACAAACAAAUUACACCCUUUUCAUCCUCUAGUUAUGCUCUAAUCAAAUAAAACAUUUAACAACAUGUUAUGUGUUUCUAAUUCGAAUAAUUUGGAUAUUAAUGUAAGUUGGUCAAAAACCAUGGUUAUCCCUAAAGUGGGACAAUCGGUUUCCUAAUGUGGGACAGUGUAUAUUAAAAGGUCUGUAAAACAUGUUUGUGUAAAAUAUUAAUUCAAAAUGUGAUCUGCCACUCUGUAAGACACAUCAGCUACACAUUCAGAGCAUGUUUUCUGAAAUAUUUUUACUUUCUUUUAUUGGUAAAUAUGACUCAGACUGUUUGAACCCAUUGCACAAAAUUGGUCACUUCAACAUGGCAGCUCUAUUUGAGGAAAGAACUUCUGUUUUUUGGACCCAAAUGUUGUGUUGAUAGCUGUGCUCCAGUAGAUUAGGCCAGAAAGACUGAAAUACAUCUUUGAUAUAGAUUUAAAUAUCCAUUUUCUUAUGUGGACAUGGUGUUUGACUUCAUAGUAAUUGUUUGACUUAUUAAAUUACUACUUUUACAACUGUCCCACAUUAGGAAAAUCUUGUGUCCCACUUUAGGACGCACCUAUCCUAAAGUGGGACACUAAUAAUAUGGUUUAAAAAUAAAAUAUUACAUUAUUUUAUAUACACCACACAUUAUUUUCUGAUGAACAUAUACCUUCCCAACAUAUUUAUCAAAAAAUUGAUAAUGUUGUUUUGAUUGGAAUUGAUUUAUACCCUAAAGACAAAUUUGGCCAAAUGCUAUGUAAUUUGCCAUUUGAUGGACUUCACCCAGGGUCCUUCUUCUUAAUUGUAACCCCUCCCUGGAGUAUUACUAUACAUUUACUAAAUCAUGAUAUUAUGAUAACAGGAUGAUAGGGCUUUUAUUUGGUUAUAGUUUUGUAAACAUUUACCAACUUGGGGCAAAGCUACACCCCUUAAACCUUAAGGUGUCCCACAUUAGGCAUUGUCCCAGUUUAGGGCAUUC